AUGACUACAACUCAGCUUGAGACUCUCACGAGCACAAUUCACCAUUCACUAUUCAAGCUUCAUGGUCCAUAUGGGGACUGGCGGGAUGAACUCCAAUCCCAAGGAUUUGUGAUUAUCAAAAAUGCGAUAUCCCCCGAGAAAGCGGAUUAUUAUCAACAGAAGGCACUAAAUUGGCUUUUAUCUUUCAACCUGGGUCUUGACUUCAAUGAUCCAUCUACAUGGGUAGACCGAUGCCUUCCAGUGCAGGGCAAAGCCAAUAAUUACGCCGGGUAUUCUGUCGUCCAUGAGAGGUUCAUGUGGGAAGCGCGAAUGGAGCCUAAGAUUCUAGAGGCAUUUGCAAAGAUAUGGGGCACGGAUGAGUUAUUGGUAUCUUUCGAUGCCCUGAAUAUCACCUUGCCGAACCGAGAGGACGCGCCGGCCAAGAAGCCGUGGCCACAUGUUGAUCAAUCGCCUACUCGACGAGGUCUUCACUGUGUCCAGGGUAUUAUCAAUCUUAGCCAUGCUGGGCCUGAAGAUGGCUCCCUUAUCCUUCUCCCCAAAUCGAAUACUCUGUCCGAUGAGUUCUUCGAAACGCAGGUUGACCCAUCGACUUGGCUGAAGAAGGAUUUCCGAUUUCUUAGCGAUGAGGAAAUGAAAUGGUAUGAAUCUCGAGGGGCCAAGCCUAUCAAGGUUCUCGCGGAGCCCGGGGAUUUGAUCCUCUGGGAUUCCCGGACUGUACACUGGGGUGGUGAGCCUACAUCUCAAAGCAACACCAUUCGGACGGUGAUCUAUGCUUCGUAUUCACCAGCGAGUCUGGCCAGUGAAGAAACCUUGGAGCGCAAGAAGGAAGCGUUCGAAUCUUUCCGAGCAACCACGCACUGGCCCCACGAUAACGUCGUUCUCCGUGAUAAAACCCUCUACUUUCCCGAUGGUACUCUCGAGACUCGCAACCGAUCUAAGCCUUUGGAAGAGCCCGAGUACACAGAUAAGCUACUUCGACUUGCUGGAGUAAAGCCCUAUUGA